GGGCAGAAAACAGAAGCGGAGAGGUACUUCCUCAAGGCCAUCCAACUCGAUCCCACAAAAGGCAACUGCUACAUGCAUUAUGGUCAGUUUUUGUUGGAAGAGUCACGGCUGCUUGAAGCAGCAGAGAUGGCAAAGACAGCUGCACGCCUUGACAGUGGGGAAUUUGAUGUGGUCUUCAAUGCAGCCCACAUGCUCAGACAAGCCAGCCUAAAUGAGGCAGCCGAGAAGUAUUACGGACAAGCAGCGAGCCUGAGACCCAACUACCCUGCAGCUUUGAUGAAUCUUGGGGCAAUCCUCCACCUCAAUGGGAAGCUGCAAGAAGCUGAAGCCAAUUACCUCCGAGCACUUCAACUAAAACCAGAUGAUGCCAUCACCCAGUCCAAUUUGCGUAAGCUGUGGAACAUCAUGGAGAAACAGGGCUUGAGGACCACGAGCCCCUGAGCUCAAGAGAUCCCGCCUACUCGCCAUCUGCACACCAGACCCGGGAAAAGGACAGCCUACACGCUCCUCAUUUGCUCCUGUCAUCCAGAAAAGAUGGAAGAGACUCAGGGAGAACGUUUGCUCAAAGAGGCCGUGACUGUACCACACAGCUCUCCUAGUGACUCCUGAGCUUCGCAUACACCUCAGACCAGCAGCUUUCCUCACAAUCAUUGCUCACAGUUUGGCAGACGUUAUGUGGUAUUUGGACUUUUAAGUACUAUUUUCAAAAUUAAUGCUUUUUUUCCUUUAUAACUAAAGCACUUGAAGUAAGACCAGGUACAUCCUUUAACAUUUGAGAUGAGUUAUACUUAAACUAAGCAAUUCUGCUGAAAGGUUUCUCAAAAAGAAUUGUUGAACUGGGUAAAAUUUAAUAUUAGAGAUAAAAGAGAGGAAAGGAUCUCAUAACGCUGCACUGGGGGGGAGCGGGUAGUUUCCAACACCAUUAAAUGAAGUUCUUGGUUUGACCAGAUACUCCACUUUGAUCAUGAAGACAGUAUAUGAAGAACUAACAACAUUCAAAAUCACAACUUAAAUUUAUAUCUCAACUCUCCAGCUUGUGUACUGAUUCAUAGUCUCGGUGAUGAAAUUUGUUCAUUAGAAUAUACACACUUUGCUAUUAUUGCAAACCAUUUGUAGCACUCUCCUAAUAUUCGGUGACAACUUGAAAAAGGGAAUUGAAUUUGUUAGCCAUUGCAGCACAACGGUAGCCUCUGCAAAUGUUCCUCUUUGCAAAACCCAGCAUAUUUUGGCAGUUAAGCUCAAAAAGUGAAGAAAAAUUUCGCAUUGUAAUGACUUAAAAGGUGUAAUAUCUUUUUCAUGAGUGUAGCAGGAAGUGUUUUUAUCAUUACUGAUCUUCUCUGCAUUGGUUAAGAAGUCACCAUGGCAGUUAAGAAACUAUACAUAGAAAUGUUAAGCUACCUUCCUGUGGAAGUAACAGACAAAAAAUAGGUAGGUACUGUAGAUUCAGGUACACCGCCUUGCUACAUGCCCGAAGCUUUUAUAGAAGAGUGUGUAAGGACCUUAAGCAGAUGAAGGAGUUCUUCUAACCAAAUACAAAAACUAUGCUGAUGCACACCUUUUAACCACAGAACAGUGCACAGUCAUGGUGCAUUUGAGGGAAAUAUUUUAAUGCCUUUAUGUUGAUAUAAGUAAGUUUAGUGUGUGUGUGUGUGUGUGUGUGUGUGUGUGUGUGUGUGUGUGUGUGUGUGUGUGUGUGUGUGUGUGUGUAUAAAUUAAUUCUAAUAUAUACCUACAUAGUGUAUAGUAUCAAAAAAAUCAUCGAAAGCAGCAAAAAAGUAGCCAGACACGAAUUUGACUGCGUUACUGAGCAAGUUUGGCUUUUUACAUUAUUACAGUAUUUCUCACAUUGUCAGUCUUUCGGUCUUAUUUGUACAUAUUCUGUGUAAUUUGUUUGUUUGUUUUAUUGUCAGCAAGUGAAACAGCACCUUCCCAGAGGUAUCAGCAUGUACCAUAUUUAGAAUAAUUUGUUUGUUAUUGGUUCAUAAACCUCUCAGCUAUCCGUGUCCUUUGUUUAUUUCAUUUUAAGUUAUUGCUCUGUGUUAACUAGCAGCAGAACCAGCUGGUACUGUGUUUUUAGAUGUAAAACGAAGGAAACGACAGCUGUUAUGUUUACUCCUGUGGUCAUUAUGGAGUAAAUACCCAGUUAUGUGGCCCGUGGUGGGUAAAUACAGAGCAGCGUCUACAACGAAUGGUAACGUUUUUUGAGUUUAUGUCAUUUGUUACAGUCAUAAUGCUAUAACACCGUUCUGUUUUUAACUAUGAUGAAGAUUCACAGUUCACAUUAAUUCCUAGCACCGUAUGUCACACACAUCAGACAUAUCGUGUAAUUAUCACAUGUAUAUAUAAAGUGUUUAUGAAGAAACACUGUCAGCUUGUUUUAAUGAAGGUGUUUGAGAAAAAAAAAUGUUUCACUCUGUGUCUCUGCUCAGGGAUCUCAAGCGGUGGGCUAUUGCAGAAACUUGUUCACGGAGCGUUUACUAAAUUAAAAUUUAUUUUUGAAAGUUGUUGUAUUUGUAUAAAUUAUCGAGCUUUGUAGCCCCAUUUUUUCUCCUUUUUGUAUUAUAAAAUGAACAAUGUGCCAGAGUAGACCUUUCUUCCCAGUGGUGUUUCUCUUUUUGGUUGUUUGUCUGCUUAUUUGUUUGUUUGUUUUUCCACAAUAAAUUGAUGGUGUUCUGCUUUGACGAGUGCCUGUGCAGCCAUUAUUGCUGAUAGUGUAGGUCACAGAUUGAUAUUAAGGUUUUGCCAGUCACACUUUGGAGGAACAGCUCAAGUUUUACAUCAAAUUUCCGUUGUAUUAAGCGUUAAUGGGGUGAUCUUCCAUGCUGUGGAACAGCUUUUACGGGGUAUAUAAAGUUGCCCCCUGUAAAUUUGCUAAAAUGUGUCAUAAAAUCAACUCAAAUGAAUUUCCUCUGCUUUGAUCUUUGUACAACAAAGGAGACAUGUAAAUAUUGCCAUAUGGAAGGGGUAGCAGUGUGGAGCCACAUAUGGUCGGUGUGUUUCGAUUCCACCCGUCCCACAAUUCAGACCCCGUUGACAAGUAAAGGGCCUUUCCCUGUGAACGAAGCGGUCUGCCUUGUGAUGUUUCUCACAUGUUCUGCUUGGAAGGUCUGCGUCCAUGAACCGAGCUCACCAUGGUGCCCAGAUUUCCUUAUCGAGCUGGAAUGCAUGGGCGCUGCUUGCACUGUCCAGUCCAGUUUGGCUCUUCUUCUCAUAACACAGGUGCGCUUCACUUAAUCUCUGCAUCAAAUAGCAAAAGUUGACAGUUUGUUGGGUUGUGGAGUCACGCCGCAAAUGCAACGUAGUUUUAUUUAUUGCUAUAUGAAACAGUAGGCAUUUGACUGUCUUCCCAUAGCUUGCUAACUGUGAAAUUACACGUCAGUUCACAUAGUUACCAUUCCCUAAAAUAGGGAAUGUCAUGUUUCCAGUAGAGUCUGCAACCAGAUAAGUAGAUUUUUAUGCAGUUAAAACAAGGCAAACAUGAACUUCUGCUCAUAGCACUGGUAAUAAGGAAAGGGAAUAAUAAU